AAGUCAGAGGAGCAUCAGCUGUAUAGAAUAACAAAAGUGAUAGACUGAGCUUCUUUGCAGCCCCACACAAAGGGUUACAGACUGGGAAGAGUUAGCGCAGCCGUGAGUCACAAAGGGAAUAGGAUUGUGGAUCUUUCAUGUGAUUCACAGACACAGAUGGAAAGAGUACGAGAGGCAGAGGAAGACAUCAAGUAACAGGAAAAUGGAAAGCUCUACCUCUAGUCUCCUGUUAUCUCCAGCCUCCCCGACACUACAAUGGGACAUAGAGGAUGAGGAGUAUGAUAUGAUUCCCUCCGAACUUGAAAAUGUCUUGAACUUGCUCUCCAUUGUGAUUUACAGCCUGGCAUUUGUUCUGGGGACAACUGGUAAUGGUUUGGUGAUUUGGAUUGCUGGUUUUAGGAUGAAGAGGACUGUCAACACUGUGUGGUUUGUAAACCUUGCCAUCGCUGACUUUAUAUUCACCUUCUUCUUGCCUUUGAGUGUCGCAUACACAGCCCUUGACUUUCAUUGGCCAUUUGGAACCUUAAUGUGCAAGCUGAAUAGCACCAUCGCCUUCCUUAAUUUGUUUGCUAGUGUAUUUCUGCUGACGGUUAUCAGUGCUGACCGCUGUGUAUCAGUAGUGAGACCUGUGUGGUCCCAGAACCACAGGACACCCAGACUUGCUUCCAUUGUUGCCUUUUUCGUAUGGCUGGCAGCUUUUUUUCUUUGCUCCCCUUACAUAGCUUUUCGGGACACCAGAAAAAAUACUGAAAACAAUGUCACACAUUGCUACAACAAUUAUGCCUUCUCAACUGACUUUGAGGAUGAGGAGGUGAUAGCGCUAAGGUCAAUGAGACACCAGGUUGUCAUCUCCAUUCGUUUUGUUUUUGGAUUCUUGCUUCCAUUUGGCCUUAUUGUGGUCUUCUAUUCCUUGAUGGCACUGAAGCUAAGGAGAAGUCAUCUGGCUUGGUCUAGCCGUCCUUUUAGAGUCAUGGCUACAGUUGUGGUUGUCUUCUUUAUGUGCUGGUUUCCAUACCAUAUCCUCUCAGUGCUUGAGGUGAUAAUGCACCACACAAAUAAUAGAACAUUAAAAUCAGCUGUUCUCAUUGGAACUCCCUUGGCUACGAGCUUGGCAUUUUUCAACAGCUGCUUAAAUCCCUUCUUGUAUGUUUUCUUGGGAAGAGACUUUAAAGAUUCAUUGCGGAAGUCCAUUCUCUCUGCCUUUGAAAGCGCAUUCAGUGAGGAACCUGGAAAAACAAACAACAGCCAUAUUAGAUUCCGCUCCAUCUCUGCCCAGGACUCUCAUUUCACUUAAUACAACGUUGUAUGUAGUGAUGGGCGAAUUUGCUUCGCCGAAAAGCGCGAAAUUCGCGUUUUUGACGCCAGCGCCCGCUUUUGCGAAAAAAUGUUUUUGACGCCAGCGAAUUUUUGGCGCGAAUUUUCGCGGGCGUUUCGCGAAUUUAUUCGCU